ACAGCGGGGAAGCAACAAAGGAUCCAAAACUGCACCUCGGAAACUUUUGACACCCGCUUGGUGUGAUGUGAAUUCAUGUGAGCGUUCAUUAAACUGUGAGAUUUUAGUAACCGGCAGGCUGGCAACUGCCUCAGAAGCCCGGGGAAUGUGAGUGAGCGGGGCGGAGCGGCAGGUCUCCCACUAACCGCUGCUUUUUGUCCACUGAGCUGUUUGCAUCCCGAGGCCCGGCCGUUACCACAGGCCUCGUCCCAGAAGGACGCAAUUUCUGCUCACCAUCAGAAACAGACUCCAAAAUGGGGGUGAAAACCUUCACCCACAGCUCGACCUCCCACAGCCAGGAGAUGCUGGAUAAGCUCAACGCUUUGCGCAACGAGGGUCAUCUAUGUGAUGUCACCAUCCGGGUCCAGGACAAGCUCUUCCUGGCCCACAAAGUGGUCCUGGCCUGCUGCAGCGAAUUCUUUCGCUCCAAGCUGGUGGGCCGACCCGAGGAGGAGGACAAGUUUGUGUUGGACCUUCAUCAUGUGACUGUUAGCGGCUUCGCCCCCCUGCUGGAGUACGCCUACACGUCGACCCUCUCGAUCAGCACGGAGAACAUCAUCGACGUCCUGGCAGCAGCGAGCUACAUGCAGAUGUUCGCAGUGGCCAGCACGUGUUCAGAGUUCAUGAAGUCCAGCAUUCUGUGGGGCCCGGGUAGCAACAACAACAAUGCGAUGGCGGCAGACAAACCUCACGAGUCGGCACCGGAGAGCGCCUCGUCAAACUGCGCGCUGACGCCUCUGGACGGCAGCGUGUCGCCCGUGUCGUCCGACUGCAGCGUGAUGGAGAGAAACGUUCCCAUCUGCCGGGAAUCGCGGCGGAAACGCAAGAGCUUUGUAACGAUGGCGUCGCCCGAGAGUCCGCUCAAAUGCACUACGCAGAUGAUCACCACCUCACCGCAGAUUCCCAACCCAUCCCCCUCAUUCUCAGACAGCACAGCCCAGCCCGUGGAGUCCUCCCUGGCCUUCCCGUGGACUUUCCCGUUCGGCAUUGACCGGAGGUUCCACUCAGACAAAUCGAAGCUACCGGAUAGCCCCCGGUGUCUAGAGCAGGGCGCUCCCGGGACUUCAGAGGUGGUGGUCGGUCGGCGGCUCAGCGACUUCAUGACGUGCGAGAGCUCCAAGGCGGUGUCGUCGCCAGUGCCCGCCGAGGAAGAAGACGUGAGGGUGAAGGUGGAGCGGCUCAGCGACGAAGAGGUCCAAGAGGCCUCUUCCCAGCCGGUCAGUGCCUCCCAGAGCUCGCUGAGUGACCAACAGACGGUGCCGGGGAGCGAACAGGUCCAGGAGGAGCUCCUCAUCAGUCCACAGUCAUCCUCUAUAGGAUCGAUGGAUGAGGGAGUGUCUGAGGGCUUGCCGUCAAUGCAGAGCACCUCUAACGCUGGAGGACACGCAGAAGACGAUGAAAGGCUGGAAGGGAUUCAGUAUCCGUACCACCUCUACAUCAGCCCCUCAGCCCGGCCCGGCACCAACGGCCCAGACCGACCCUUUCAGUGUCCGACCUGCGGAGUCCGAUUCACACGCAUUCAAAACCUAAAGCAGCACAUGCUCAUACACUCCGGCAUUAAGCCUUUCCAGUGUGACCGCUGUGGGAAAAAGUUCACACGGGCCUACUCCCUAAAGAUGCAUCGGCUGAAGCACGAAGGUAAACGCUGUUUCCGGUGCCAGAUUUGUAGCGCCACAUUCACGUCCUUCGGUGAAUAUAAGCACCACAUGAGGGUCUCCCGACACAUAAUCCGCAAGCCACGGAUUUACGAGUGCAAAACGUGCGGCGCCAUGUUCACCAACUCUGGCAAUUUAAUUGUACACCUGAGGAGUCUGAACCAUGAGGCAUCCGAACUAGCAAACUACUUCCAGAGCAGUGAUUUCCUCGUGCCCGACUACCUGAGCCAGGUACAAGAGGAGGAGGAGGCGCUGGGAGUCCAGUAUGAGCUGGAGGAGUCCCAACACCACCCCGUCUACCCGGGCAGCACCUCCACCUCCACCACCACUGCCGCCUCGUCCUCCUCCUCAGUCCAGAUGCCCGUCAUCUCCCAGGUCUCCUCCUCUACCCAGAAUUGCGAGAGCUCCUCCGGCUUCCUUUCACCCGAGCCCCUGGAUCCCCUGGAAGCCCCGGCCUCCCUCAAGAUGGACGCAGACGAGACGUCAGCCAUGACCGAGGAGACCAAGAUGGACAACAGUGUAGGAGGCAGUUCCCCAGAGGUGUUUGAAGAAGAGCAGCAGCAGCAGCAGCAUGCCCCGGCCAAGGAGCUGGCUUCCAUUACCAUAGAGUGAUUCAAGUCUUCUACUUGCCCAUCAUGUCUUAUUUUGCAAUCAUGUCAUAUGGGAAUAUCCAGUGAAACGCCUUGACAGCUAAAAAGGGACGACUGGGACGUGGUCACAUGUUGAAAGUUCAUCAUGUGAAAGGCAUCAAGGCACUGCGAUUGAAGUUUUCCAAAGACUUCAGUUGCCUUGAUGAUGUUUUCCAGAACACACAUGCACUUAUUUGAUUUUUAUGUUGUACACCAAACCAAAUCCAACAAAGUUCAUGUCUUCAGGUGUUUCCCCUAGGUUGAAUGCCUUGGGGUAGUUGGGAGGGGGGAGGGAGUGAGCCUGCUCUGGUUAGGCUAAUCUAUUGUAGCUACCUUCGGGGCUAACCCCCUUCACUCUUCCAGCAGUUGGGGAAACAACUGACAAGACUUUUCUUGGUCGUGAGAAGCUGCAGCAUUUACUAACUGACACACUGUAGCCUGUACUCUACAUUUACUGCCAGAUUGACAACUUCCUGCUAACCUUUUCCUCUGUUCCGCUCACAUUCACGGUCACUCGCUCAACCGCACACACUCACACACAUUACGCACUGCCCUAUUCCUUAAAGGAGCCGUGCCACCAAGAGUUUCCCACAGAGGUUGAGUCACGUUUCGGAACAGCACCACACAGAGGCCUCCAAAUGCGAUCCAUUGUUGAUUUGGCGUUAUGUUCUGUCAUUAAAAAGUAUAUAUAUUUGGCUUGGUGGGGGUUCUCAUUGGCCUUCACAGCCCCGCCAGGCCUGUACAGUUAUAGGGGAAACACUGGUCUUUUUUUAUUUGCAAUGAUUGUAUCAUUUUCCUAAAGUUGACUGAAGCAGUUUCCUUGUCAAUGACGUAAGCUUCGAGUAGGUCAGAACAUCUGGGUUCAGUCCAUCUCCAAACCUGAGUUUCAAAGUCGUAUUUACCACCUGGAAAUGCGAGCGAGCAGUAUUUUUUUGGAACAAUAAAUUUAAGUAGGAGGGUUGUUUUUUUUCCCAUAUGACGUGAAUGCAGCACUAGCUAAAGUCAUUUCUGUCUUAGCCAAUUUGAGGUCUGUUAAAUCCAAGCCUUGCCCUACUUUUGGAAAGUGCCUGAGAGUUCCCAUUUUAACAAGUAACUUGUAGAGGAAGAGGAGAUCUUGACUUUGCCAACAGUGACAAAUCAAGUCUGUGCAAACUGAGCUAAAGAAAAAAACAUUGUAUUUCCUUUGUAGUGAUAAUGCUAGUUUGUAUGGGCAGAGACUGUGUUAUUCCUUCAGUGCCGGCGCUAUAGGCAAACUGUUAAAUGUCAAUAUUAUCUAUAUUGCAAUAGCUUGUACUGUAGUUUUACUAUUUGAAUGCUGUGUAUGUUGGAUGUUGUGAACUAUGAUAUGUCAGGUGUGCGUAUGUGCAUUUCUUUUUAUCAAUAUGAACACAAAUGUUUAAAACUUGAAAUUAUAUUGACAGAGUAUUCCCUUAAGACGUUUGUGCAGUAUAUACUUUUUUUUUUUUUUUUAACUGAACGCUGUUGUUAAAUCAAACCUUGUGUCUCCAAAAAAGAAAAAACAACAAGGCAACUAUAGCAGUAACUCAGAUGAUGCAUUUUUUUGUUGUUUUUUAAAAACCCAACCAAAUAAAUGACAGAAUAAGACUGAAAUGUAUGUUAAAACAUUUAAAAUUUGGAGUUACAAGGUUUUUUUUCCCUCACAACUGCAGUGUUAUAUAUUCCCAGAUGGGCUCUAAGAUAUGUUAAUGUAGCAUUUCAUCCCCAGUUGAAGUUAGGCCUGCUUGUCAAACAGCAUCUGAUAUGUAUUUUUUUUUUUUUGAUAUUUCAGUUUCUGUUUAUGGAUCCUCAAUAUCUUACAUGGCUGUCACAUUUUUGGUCAUCUUGAUUUACCAACAGGUACAAUGCUGAUGUUCCAGGAUAUUGCAUGACUGUUGAAGUGACGUUUCAUUUAGGUACAACAUGAUUGUCUUUUUAAAAAACUUUUAUCCUCAUGCAGAGAAGAUUAUGUGAACCCAAACGUGUGGAUUAACCACCAGCAUUCUGUUUUGUUGUCCUAAAGUUGUCACAAAGGGGAAAAAACCAACAUUGUGAAUAUUUCCCUGACUUAAAAGUUAUAUUUUGACUGUACGUCUGCAGCCAGGGGAAGGGGAAGCAGGAAGCAGGUGCAAACAGAUUAUGGUUGGGGAUAUUAUGCGAUAAUAUUGCUUUAGAAGCAAUAGAGGCGUGCUGAUUGUGUGAAUGCAUAUAACUGUGAGUUUUAAAUCAUUCUGAAUGAUAAAUGAAACAUGUGUUAGGCAAGAGCUGGUUCUUUACCUGAAACUCAUCAACACAGUUUGGCAGUUACUAAUUUCAUUUCAUUUUCUUUUUUUUCUUCUUCUGGUGCCGAUUUUGGGUCAAACCUCCAACUCGUGUUACCUGUGUUACAAUUCUGUACUUGGACAUUGUCGUGCCUGUAUUUUUUUAGAAGAUAAUGAUACCCAUGGUGAUAAUCCAUGAGUUGAAUGCUACUGACUGUGACUGGCUACCUUGUUCAGUGACAUCUUCAUUUAAUUUUUACACCCCGCUUCUGAAAGUAGUACUAACAGCUGACAUUUAGGAUUGCCACAGCAGGAUGCAAGAGCUCAUAUACAGGAUUGAUUGUAAAUGUAGAAGAUUCAUAUUUGCUGCGAUGAGGGGCAUCAAUACAGCUCUGUCCUGAUUAUUCAAAUACACUGAGAGCUGUCUUAAUAUAAGACUAUAAGAGCUUGUGUCACCCAGUGCAGUCACUUUUCAAAGUUGUGCCAUCUGCCCUUUUUAUCUGGGUACAAAUCAAUCUUUUUUCCUACAGGACCAAAUGUUCUCUAUCUCAUUGGGGAUUUGCCAUGGCAAUCAGUAAUUGCACAUAAUAAAAGAAAGAGAUAAUCAUUCUAAGUGGUCCACGCUAUUUAGCAAAAGGGGGUUCUGCUGUUUCGCCCCUUAAAACACUGUAUGAUGUUGUGCAUUUAAGAGGCUAGCCUUAGUAAAUGGACCUAUUAACUCUAGUUGCACAAUGUCAGAUAAAAAAAAAAGUUUUCUAUUCUCCAUUUGUAUGUCAUGCUUUUUCUUCUGUUGUGUUCGGUGUCUGUAUUCAAACUUUUUUAUAAUGAAAUGCUGCUGUUUGUUGAAACGCAAAAGUGCCCAAAAUAUUUUUGUGAACCAAUGGUGUGCAAUAAAUGGACAGGUGUUGUUUUUAAAAGUUUUAAAUUUUCUCUUUGGAAUGGUGAAUUAUAGAGAAAAAAAGAAGAAGAAGAAUGUAUCAUCUUGUUUUAUUCAAAUGUGACUGAAGGUGAAUCAAAGAGGCAAGGACCCCAUUUGAUCUGUGAAACAAGGAACGAGGCUUCGAUAUCAAACGACUGGUUCUAUUCAGCUCUUUUCUGUUUUUUUUUCUUUUCUAGAGUUGCAUGUUCAUAUCGUUCUGUGGAGAGCAUGUCUUCAGUCGGCGAUGUGUUCCGUCAAGGCCUUAUUUGUCGAUGACUCUUCAUCCAUCGUAGCUUUGAUCUGUUGCUCAGCAUGCCCUCUUCUUUUCUGUACGUUACCCCUUUGUUAUGUGCAAUGUUUUUAAAAAAUAUCUUGAUUAUAUACAGGACAUGCCUUUUCAAUGUACACUCGGUGUUGUAUACGUUUUCCAGUCCAUAUGGUUUAUUUAAAAGUAGGAGAAAAAAAACAGAAAAAAAUGGUAGCUCUUCAUAUAUUUUUGGUGACUUUUGUAUUAUGGUUGCUGUUUCAUGGCAUCUUUGGAUAUUCUUGUUCAAUGUGAAUAGAACAGCUUAGUUUGGGAGUAUGGGGGGCCUUAGUAGUCUUCACUUUGUGACUGUCUGCAGUGUGUGUAUAUAUAUAAAUAUACAGUAUAUACACUCAUACUAUGUUGCAUAUUCUUUAUACUGUAGGCUAAUUGAUUACAACCUGCUUUCAGACAGAUGUUGUAUUUUGUGUCUUUGAUACUGUAUUUAAACUGUAGUUUGGAGAAACUGUACAAAACAUCCCAGAUAGUAAUGCAACCUGCACAUUGUAUAGGGAGAACUGACGUUUGUGGUGUUGAGUGUUUUAACUGGAUCAUAUUCCACAGUUGGCUGUUCAAAACUGACAAGACCACUCUGUAUUUUAGAGUUCAUGGUUGUUCUGAAUCUUUGCUAGUGUUCUGGCUUUGCAGUCCUGUUGUUCUUUAAAAAAAGAGUUGUUUUUUUGUAAAAGUAUAAAAUGUAAAUAAAAAAAAUGCCUAAGU